GCGCGCUCUCGAGGCUUCCUGCUAAACUGUAAAAUGGCGCUUUGUUGUCACAACUAUUCCGAGUCCAUUUAAUAUAUAGCGCUCGUUAGAUUGUCCAAUCAAACGUGCAUGUAAUAAUGUAACGGAGGUAUAAACCAGCAACGGACUGAACAAGAAGGUUCAUUCAUUUGUGUGCACAUUUUAUCUUCGAGAUUGCUUGUGCACACAGAAUUUUAGCAUUUGCUAGCAAGCUAACGUUUUACUUAGCUGGUAUUGUUCGUACAGUUUUUUUACAGGCAGCAGCACAAAAACGACGAAAAUGGGUUAUUUGAAACUCAUAGAGAUCGAAAACUUUAAGUCGUAUAAAGGAAGACAGAUCAUUGGACCUUUUCACAAGUUCACUGCAAUCAUCGGACCUAAUGGAUCUGGAAAAUCCAACCUCAUGGAUGCCAUCAGCUUUGUGUUGGCAGAAAAGACAAGUAACCUGCGUGUAAAGACGCUAAAGGAUCUCAUACAUGGAGCUCCGGUUGGAAAACCAGCUGCCAAUAGAGCUUUUGUCAGUAUGGUCUACCAGGAAGAUAAUGGUGAAGAGCGGUCCUUCACAAGGGUCAUAAUUGGUUCCUCCUCUGAGUAUCGCAUCAACAAUAAGGUGGUUGGCCUGCCUGAAUAUAGUGAAGAGCUGGAAAAACUUGGCAUUCUUAUUAAGGCCAGGAACUUCCUGGUUUUUCAGGGAGCUGUAGAGUCCAUUGCCAUGAAGAACCCCAAAGAGCGUACUGCACUGUUUGAGGAGAUCUCACGUUCUGGAGAGCUGGCCCAGGAGUAUGAUCGAAGAAAGAAAGAGAUGGUGAAAGCAGAGGAAGACACACAGUUUAAUUAUCAUCGCAAGAAAAACAUUGCAGCAGAGCGCAAAGAAGCCAAGCAAGAGAAGGAGGAGGCUGAGCGUUACCAGCGUCUGAAGGACGAAGUAGCCAGGGCCAGUGUGCAGCUACAGCUCUUCAAGCUGUACCACAAUGAGACCGAGAUUGAGAAACUGAACAAAGAGCUGGGCCAGCGGAACAAGGAGAUUGACAAGGACCGUAAAAAGAUGGACCACGUGGAGGAGGAGCUGAAGGACAAGAAGAAAGAGCUGGGCAGGUUGAUGAGGGAGCAGCAGACCAUCGAGAAAGAAAUCAAAGAGAAGGACUCUGAAUUGAACCAAAAGAGGCCACAAUACAUCAAGGCCAAAGAGAACACCUCACAUAAGAUCAAGAAGCUUGAGGCAGCUCGAAAGUCCCUGCAGAAUGCCCAGAAGAUGUACAAGAAGCGUAAAGGAGACAUGGAUGAGCUGGAUAAAGAGAUGAAGGCAGUGGAACUGGCCAAGCAAGACUUUGAGGAAAGAAUGGAGGAGGAAGCACAGAGCCAAGGCCAGGACCUCACUCUGGAGGAAAAUCAGGUUAAGCAAUACCAUCGUCUGAAGGAGGAGGCCAGUAAACGCGCUGCCACUCUGGCACAGGAGCUGGAGAAGUUCAACCGUGACCAGAAGGCCGAUCAGGACCGUCUUGACUUGGAGGAGAGGAAGAAAGUUGAGACGGAGGCCAAAAUCAAACAGAAGAUCCGUGAAAUUGAAGAAAACCAGAAACGUAUUGAGAAAUUGGAGGAUUACAUUACCACCAGCAGGCAGUCACUCGAUGAGCAAAAGCGCAUGGAAGAGGAGCUGACGGAGGAGGUGGAGAUGGCCAAGAGGAGGAUUGAUGAGAUCAACAUGGAGCUUAACCAGGUCAUGGAGCAGCUGGGCGAUGCCAGAAUCGACAGGCAAGAGAACAGUCGACAGCAGCGGAAGGCCGAGAUCAUGGAGAGUAUCAAACGGCUCUAUCCAGGCUCAGUGUACGGCCGUCUGAUCGACCUGUGCCAGCCCACUCAAAAGAAGUAUCAGAUUGCAGUGACCAAAGUUUUGGGCAAGAACAUGGACGCCAUCAUCGUUGACUCAGAGAAGACCGGCAGAGACUGUAUUCAAUACAUCAAGGAGCAGAGAGGAGAGCCGGAGACCUUUCUUCCUCUCGACUACCUUGAGGUUAAACCAACAGAUGAAAAACUGAGAGAACUGCGAGGGGCCAAGCUGGUCAUCGAUGUGAUUCGCUACGAACCCCCACACAUCAAGAAAGCCCUCCAGUAUGCUUGUGGCAACGCUCUGGUUUGCGAGAAUGUAGAGGAUGCACGGAGAAUCGCUUUCGGAGGGCCAUACAGGCACAAGACGGUAGCCCUGGAUGGUACUCUGUUCCAAAAGUCUGGAGUCAUCUCUGGAGGAGCCAGCGACCUGAAAGCCAAGGCCAGACGCUGGGAUGAGAAGGCGGUGGACAAGCUAAAGGAGAAAAAGGAAAAACUUACCGAAGAGCUCAAGGAGCAAAUGAAAGCGAAGAGGAAGGAGGCGGAGCUUCGUCAGGUGCAGUCUCAGGCCCACGGUCUGCAGAUGAGACUGAAGUACUCACAGAGUGACCUGGAGCAGACCAAGACCCGACACCUGUCCCUCAACAUGCAGGAAAAGUCCAAACUAGAGAGUGAGCUCGCAAACUUUGGCCCACGCAUAAACGACAUCAAGAGGAUCAUCCAAUCCCGCGAGCGGGAAAUCACCGACCUCCGCGACCGCAUGAACUUGGUGGAGGAUGAGGUGUUUGUGGAGUUCUGUAAGGAGAUCGGAGUGAGGAACAUCAGAGAAUUUGAGGAGGAGAAAGUGAAGAGGCAGAAUGAGAUCGCCAAGAAGCGUCUUGAAUUUGAGACCCAGAAGACCCGCCUGGGUAUCCAGCUGGACUAUGAGAAGAACCAGCUGAAGGAGGAUCAGGAAAAGGUCAUGAUGUGGGAGCAGACUGUGAAGAAGGAUGAGGCUGAAAUAGAGCGACUCAAGAAGGAGGAGCACAGACACAUGAAAAUCAUUGACGAGACGAUGGCCCAGCUGCAGGAUCUGAAGAACCAGCACCUCACAAAGAAAUCUGAAGUCAAUGAUAAAAAUCACGAAAUGGAGGAGAUCCGCAAAAAGCUGGGGGGAGCCAACAAAGAGCUGACCCAGCUCCAGAAGGAGGUGACUGCUAUCGAGACCAAACUGGAGCAGAAGCGCAGCGACCGGCACAACCUGCUUCAGGCCUGCAAGAUGCAGGACAUCAGGCUACCACUGCGCUCUGGAACAAUGGAUGACAUCAGCCAGGGAGAGGGGAGCUCUCAAACUGAGGAAUCCAGCAGCCAGAGGACCUCCAGCAGUGUUCUGGCUAAAGAAGCCCUCAUAGAGAUCGAUUACAGCAGCCUGUCAGAAGACCUGAAGGACGCGCUGUCAGAGGAAGAGAUCAAGGCAGAGACCAACACACUGCAGCAGCGUCUGAACGAGCAGGGGAGCAUCCUGCAGAGGAUCAGCGCGCCCAACAUGAAGGCCAUGGAGAAGCUUGAGAGUGUUCGGGACAAGUUCCAGGAGACCAGCGACGAGUUUGAGGCAGCGCGUAAGAGAGCCAAAAAGGCCAAACAAGCAUUUGAGCAAAUUAAGAAGGAGAGAUUCGAUCGCUUCAAUACCUGUUUUGACUCCGUGGCCACCAACAUCGAUGAGAUCUACAAAGCCCUGUCACGCAACAGCAGUGCUCAGGCCUUUUUGGGCCCAGAAAACCCAGAGGAACCAUACUUGGAUGGUAUCAACUACAAUUGUGUGGCCCCAGGGAAGAGAUUCAGACCAAUGGAUAACCUGUCCGGAGGGGAGAAGACUGUAGCAGCCCUGGCUUUGCUGUUUGCUAUACACAGCUACAAACCUGCUCCCUUCUUCGUCCUGGAUGAGAUCGACGCGGCCCUGGACAACACUAACAUUGGCAAGGUGGCAAAUUACAUCAAAGACCAGUCAGUGCAUGAAUUCCAGGCCAUUGUCAUUUCUCUAAAGGAGGAGUUCUACACCAAGGCUGACUCCCUCAUUGGAGUUUAUCCAGAGCAAGGAGAUUGUGUAAUCAGCAAAGUCCUCACCUUUGACCUGUCGCAGUAUCCUGAUGCCAACCCAAAUCCAAAUGAAUGAGGUGACUCCUGAUCAGGACUUUGGCAAGUUGGAUGUUUCAUGUAGUCACAGAUAUAUAUUAGGCCUCCCAUCUUUAUUUCAUGUUUUUUAUAUUAUGUUGUUUUUUUUUUGUUUUUUUUUGUUUUUUUUGGAUAUGCUAGAGUAGUAGAUUAGCUUUGUUUUGUGGGAAGGGUUGUUCUUUGUAGACUCAAACAACCCAAGAUGUAUACAUUUGUAUGAGGCAGCCUAUUCUUAAUUUGGCCACUAUAUUAAGGAAUCAAAAUUAAUCCUGCUCAUGUUAAAAGAUAGGGGGAUCACACCUUUUUUAACAAACCGACUUGUAUCAUGUGGUAAAAAUGAGGAUUAUUCCUGCGUAAAGUUGUUUUGAGACUUUUUAUACUGUCACGGCCCUCUUCAGUUGUGUGCUGUAAAGCCCUCGCCCCUCCUUGUUGAGUGUACUUAAAUAUGUAUUUGCAUUUCGUAUGUGCUAUUUUUAAAAAAUCUUAAUCAUGGAAACGUUACAGUGUGAAGGACACAUUCCCUUGUGUUGUACCUGAAUAAAGCCCAUAACUGUCUGUAGCAGGCAGAGCUGGAACAAGAUCAUGCAGCUCAGUGAAAACUGUCCAAAUAAAAUCAUUUUUAAGAAAAUCUGAAGAGGUCCUUAGAUUUGUGUGGAUUCCAUCAUUCCUUUUACUCUUGAGUAAUUUACUGAAUGAGCUUUAGGAAAACAGAAACUCAGCACUAGCGAUACAAUUCUGUCUGGUUUGUUUUAUUGAUUGCUUUCUCUUCAAUAAAUACAGUUUAAAUUAUUUAAGGCCUCCGCUGUUUAAAUGGACCUCAGUCGCUGUUCCAAUUUGCAUACAUCUUGCUGUGUCGGCUUUAACUCCAAAUGGGGAAAUCUUUGCAUUUCAAGGCAGCACUGUUAGUAAUCUAUGCAGUUUUCCAUCCCAUUCUAGUGGAGGAACACUCAGGCCUCUGGUCAGAUUUCAUUCACUCAUUUCUAGCAUCCUCACCAGUUUUCUGUUCCUCUUUCCUUGUCCAGAUCCUGGUCAUUGUACGAUUCUCUCAGGGGUGAAAAAAAAAAAAAGCUAAACCAGACAUGAACAUAUGGGAUGUUUUAUUUCUUUUGCCGCCUUUGCAGGCACAAAAGUAACAUCAACCUUAAUGGCACAGCUUCAGAAUUGAACAAGAGUUGGGGUGUCAGAUCUGCUCAAACCAGCAGAAUCUCCUAAACUUUAAAACACGAUAUGUGACAGAAAAACACAGAUCAGUGGACGAUGUGAACAAAA